AGAGUAGUCACAGAGGACUGACUGGAACGUUCUGCCUAGUUUUGGUUUCCACCCGGAACUAUAAAGCGCCGUAGUGCCUCAAGAGUGACUUUUAGUUGAAGAUGGUCUCUGGAUCGUUGCUGUCAUAGAGGUCCUUGAUCACCCAUCAUGCAGUAUGUCUAUGUGUCUACUGCGUGGAGAUCGUCGUGGAGUUGUGUACACUGCAAAGCUGGUAGACGCUCCCUAAAGUGGCUGCUGGGAAAUGUAGUUCGAAGAGCCAUAACGUCUUCUGUUCUCAAAGCAGGAGACAAGGUUACUCCUGUGUUUUCCAGAGCCGUAGCGUACGGAGAAAAGGUGGCCGUUAUAGACCACAGUGGACGCCACAGCUACAGCUCCCUAUACAACAGCAGUAGAAGUUUAGCAGGACACAUUAGCCAAGCGCUUGCCUGUCAGUCUGGGGACGUGCAGGGCAGGCGUAUAUCAUUCUUGUGUGCCAACGAUGCAUCAUACACAGUGGCCCAGUGGGCGGCGUGGAUGUGCGGGGGCAUAGCUGUGCCCCUAUACAGGAAACACCCCCCGGCUGAGCUGGAGUACAUCAUAUCCGACUCUGAAAGCUCACUGCUGCUGGUGGGACAGCCUCACGCCGACACCCUGGAGCCUCUGGCCCAAAAACUGGGGCUGCCCUGCCUCAAGCUUCCUCCUACAUCCAGCCUGGACAGCUUACAGGCAGUGGAGUCACCAACGCAGUCCAGCGAAGCCCUCUCUGAUUGGGCAGAAAGGCCAGCCAUGCUUGUCUACACCAGUGGCACAACAGGACGACCAAAAGGAGUUCUCCACACACACAGCAGCCUGCAGGCUAUGGUCCAGUGUCUGGUGAGCGAGUGGGCCUGGAGCAGAGACGAUGUGAUCCUCCACACGCUGCCCCUUCACCAUGUGCACGGCAUUGUGAAUAAGCUGCUGUGCCCACUGUGGGUGGGGGGCACCUGCAUCAUGCUGCCCGAGUUUAAUGCUCAGAAGGUGUGGGAGAGGUUGCUGAGCUCUAAAGCUCCGAUGGUGACCGUAUUCAUGGCGGUUCCUACAGUUUACUCCAAACUGAUCCAGCACUACGAGCAGCACUUCACCCAGCCGCGCGUGCAGGACUUCAUCAGGGCUGUGUGUAAAGAGAGGAUCCGACUGAUGGUGUCCGGUUCGGCGGCUCUUCCUCAGCCGGUUCUGGAGCGUUGGAGAGAGAUCACGGGUCAUGUGCUGCUGGAGCGCUACGGCAUGACUGAGAUCGGAAUGGCGCUGUCCAACCCACUGAAUGGACCACGCAUCCCUGGUGCAGUGGGCACUCCGCUCCCUGGAGUAGAAGUGCGUAUUGUCAUGACAAACACAACCAGCACUACUAUCGCCGAGGGCAACAGCAAGGAGACUCAGGUGAAGCCUGGUUUGGAGGGCAGGGAGGGGGAGCUGAUGGUUCGUGGCCCGUUUGUGUUUCAAAAGUACUGGAACAAACCUCAGGAGACCGAGGACAGCUUCACCAAGGACGGCUGGUUCAAAACAGGAGAUACUGCGGUAUACAAGGACGGAGUCUACUGGAUCAUGGGCCGCACCUCAGUGGACAUCAUCAAGAGCGGAGGCUAUAAGAUCAGCGCUCUCGAUGUGGAGCGCCACCUGCUGGCCCAUCCCGACAUCACAGACGUGGCCGUCAUUGGAGCGCGGGAUGCCACCUGGGGGCAAAAGGUGGUAGCAGUGGUGCAGCUGCAGAAGAGCAAGACUCUCACUCUACCUGAGCUGAAGGCCUGGGCCAGAGAGCACAUGGCCCCGUACACCAUCCCCACCGGUCUGAUCGUGGUGGAGGAGAUGCCCCGGAAUCAGAUGGGGAAGGUGAAUAAGAAGGACCUGCUGCGUCAGUUCUUCCCCAGCUAACAUCACCGCCGCUCUGGAAUCACUGCUGCAGGAAUCAGUGCUCUUGGCUUCGCUCCAGGUUCAUCCUGGUCUUCAGAGGAACGCUUGAUCAUCAAAGAUCACUGAUGAAGGGAGUAAUGCAUCAGUUUGCAAAUUAAAGCCACUUUCUAGAUAAAAACCUAUAUUUUAACCCUUUAAUGCUGGGGUGUCAAACUCAGCCACUAAAGGGGCCAAAUUAAAUCUGUGGGCCAGA